UUAUCAAACUGAAACAUCGUAAUAGAAAACAAGAAGUAAGGUCAAAUCAAAGGUCAACACUAGCGUUAUCAAACUGAAACAUCGUAAUAGAAAACAAGAAGUAAGGUCAAAUCAAAGGUCAACACUAGCGUGAUCAAACUGAAACAUCGUAAUAAAUGUUUCAUACAUAAUAAAAUAUUGUUUAAAUUAAUGCAGAUUUCAGUCCACUCAGCCUUUUACCCCAACUUUGCGUCAUUUAUCUAGCUUCGGUUCAUUUCAGGAGUAUCAAAUCUAGGUCACAGUUUCAAAUUCGUAACGUACAUUGGGUAUGGUGAAAUACGAAGAACAGAAUGGUAGACCAUUCAUAUAAAUAUGUAUCUUAAUUACAAAUUGAGGACUUCUUAAUCCUGUUCGACUGUUUUUAUUAUCUAAAUCAUCAAAUAAAAAAACUCGAUACUGGGUAAGAUUAGUUAUUGUUAAAAUGACUGUAUUAAUCUACCUAAGCAUUUCCGUCAGAGCUAUGUAAAGAUGAUAGAUUUUGUUGUGUACAGAUGUUAGAUUUUGCUGUUUACAGAUACUACAUUUUGCUGUUGUACAGGUAUUACAUUUUGCUGUUGUACAGAUGUUAGAUUUUGCUGUGUACAGAUGUUAGAUUUUGCUGUGUACAGAUGUUAGAUUUUGCUGUGUACAGAUGUUAGAUUUUGCUGUGUACAGAUGUUAGAUUUUGCAGUGUACAGAUGAUAGAUUUUGCUGUGUACAGAUGUUAGAUUUUGCUGUUGUACAGAUGUUAGAUUUUGCUGUUGUACAGAUGUUAGAUUUUGCUGUGUACAUAUGAUAGAUUUUGCUGUGUACAGAUGUUAGAUUUUGCUGUGUACAGAUGUUAGAUUUUGCAGUGUACAGAUGAUAGAUUUUGCUGUGUACUGAUGUUAGAUUUUGCUGUUGUACAGAUGUUAGAUUUUGCUGUUGUACAGAUGAUAGAUUUUGCUGUGUACAGAUGAUAGAUUUUGCUGUGUACAGAUGAUAGAUUUUGCUGUUGUACAGAUGUUAGAUUUUGCUGUUGUACAGAUGAUAGAUUUUGCUGUGUACAGAUGAUAGAUUUUGCUGUUGUACAGAUGUUAGAUUUUGCUGUUGUACAGAUGUUAGAUUUUGCUGUGUACAGAUGUUACAUUUUGCUAUUGUACAGAUGUUACAUUUUGCUGUGUACGGCUUAUAUUUUGCAAUGGUUUCGAUAGUCCGAUGAAGACGAAGUUUCGCAUACAAUUUCAGUCAAAUAAAGUAUACAAAUCCUUUUUGUUUUCGUAAGUUCAAAUGCUGCAAGAAUGAAUCUGCAUGCGCUCCAAAUGGUAAAGUCAUUUUGAAAAUUCUGAAUUGUCAUUAACUGUGUUAUAUAAGCUUUUAUCUAAAUGUUUAUUUUUUCUAAUUCAUGAUCAGGGAUCUCCAUCAACAAUAUUUUCUCGAAACUGCUUAUACAUACAGCUGUAGGUCAUGUCGUGGAGGGGUUUAAAAGUUAUUUGAAAUUUAAUGUCAUGGGCGAUCGAUCUGACAGUAUUAGUAAGCCAUUAUGAAUGAACAUUCCUAAAGCAGUUGUAGGUAACCUUCUAGGUAAUCAUAAGCGGCCAAUGAGGGCUAAUUUCACCCCCACCCAUAUUCCAUAGUACCCCGAUAUUGCAUCCUCUCAUUACGAGCGUAUUUGUUCCGCAUUUUUACAGCACCUCUUCCAUAAAAUUCAUGAUUAAAGGAGAAGGAACGUUUAAAUCACCGUACAUAACGCUGGUCAUUAAAUGAAAUAGAUUUAAAUCACCGAGUUAAAGUGGCGGAUAUUUCAAUAUUUAUAUUAGGGAUUAGAAUUGGACAAUCACAAACUGUUGGUAGAAAUAGUAGUAAAUGGACAAACACUUAAAUGAAUACACAACUGGACAAUAAGCACUAUGAACACUUUGAAUUGUUUAAUCAAGAAUAGUAAACAUGUGUAGACCGGUUCAAGGUGAAAGAGAUUAACUGACCAGCGUGACGUAUGCAGGUCUAAAUUUAGUUUAAAGGACAGUGAUAAGAGCAGUGAUAAAGCGAACUGAAAAAACAAAAACAAAAACAAAAAACAAAAACAAAAACAAAAACAAAAUAAAAAACAAAAACAAAAACAAAAAAACAAAAACAAAAUAAAAAACAAAAUAAAAAACAAAAACAAAAACAAAAAACAAAAUAAAAAACAAAAAAACAAAAAACAAAAUAAAAAACAAAAACAAAAAACAAAAAAAAAAAACAAAAAAAAAACAAAAAACAAAAAAAAAAACAAAAAAAAAAACAAAAACAAAAACAAAACAAAACAAAAACCAAGCACCUGCUUUAUGUUGUAGGCUGCUAUUAACCAAUAUCAUUUUGUAAAACAAUGACUUCAGCAAAUUCCUUGAUGUCUGAAUAUGUUCAUGUCAAUCCAAUACAGGCAUAUGCAUAAUAAAUGCCAAAAUAUCGACACGAUAAUUGCAUGUAUAUUGAGAAACACUUGUAGGGAACUGAACAAGGAGCUGAAGGCCCGGAAUGCUCACAUGUUGAUAAACAUAACAUAACUUGGUGACAGUAGUAAUUUCUGGAAAGAUGGGUUUUCAUUCAGGUGUAUAGUCCAAGGAACAGGGUACACUAUAUGUAUUUAUAAACAUUCUCUCACUAUUGAUAGAGCAUGUUAAUCUUAAUUAGGACUGAACACGAUAUAUAUGUAUUUAUAUACACCUGUACAUUAUCUCACUAUAUAACAUAUCAGUGAGAACUGAGCAAGAUAUAUCUACAUCUGUACAUCAUCUCACUACUAGUCGGACACGAUAUAUUCUAAUGGUCGGAUAUGCUAAUCUUGAUUAGAACUGAACACAAUAUAAAUUGCGCAAUCUACAAAGAGCAACUCUGGUGACACAUAUUAUACUUGUCCGACUCGGUUGUUUGUUUUUUUGUACAUUAAUAUACCAUCAUGUAAUCUAUCAAUGUGUCGAAUGUACUAAAUGUACUGGUAUACGGAGGAAUUGGGCACAAGUAAUCCAUGCUUCUAAAAUCCAAAUCGCACAUGUAAAACGUACGUUGUACAUCUCAACAGGAAACGGAAGUCAUAUCCCGUUUACACCACGUGGCUUGAUUUGAAAUGGGCUUUGUAUAAUGAAAUCACAUGCGUAAAUAGUUCAGAUUCAUUGAAAGAAUACGCUACGUCUUUCUUAAUACUGAAGUCUGCGAUUUUAGAAGUUAAUGAUGACAAAGGUUUGUUACUUUACGAGAUCAUUAUGUAUAAUUACAUCAAUCUAACAUUUUGAAGAGAGAAAGAAAGUGAAAUAAUAUCAGCCCACUCUUUUGAAAGUUUAACACCAUGCGCAAAUCCACGAUUAAAACACAAACAGCAGUUUGAAUGAGUUCUAAAGAUUUGUCUCUGUACUACAAUGUAUGUGUAGUCCAUCCUCAGAGAAUAUACACAGCAGUUUGAUUUCUCCAUCAUCAUCGUCAUCACAUCAUCAAAACUAUCUACUAGAGGCCCCCCGGUGUGUCCAAGGAUCCGUGUCAACCCAACUCUUUAUUUUGCAUUCCUUGUGGGAUUUCUGAGUUUGAUCACUGUUCGUAAUCUUCGUCUUUCGUGUACGGCUGAUAAUAAAUCCAUUGUCCUUAUACUGUUUUAAAGCGUAGAGGACACAAUAGCAUACAUGAACUCAUUUUAAGCAAAUCUCCGUUUCUGGAAGCCAUAUAUAUACACUGUACAUAUUGGUGGAAACUUUGUAAUUAUGGGGUAAUUAUUGAUUCUGUCUCGUCCCUGUCGUAUCUAACAUCCUGUACGUAACUCUAAAUUUAAAUUUCUACUCUAUCAGUGAUACUUACAGGUGUCCGUAGAUGUCUAUCAGUGAUACUUACAGGUGUCCGUAGAUGUCUAUCAGUGAUACUUACAGGUGUCCGUAAUUGUCUAUCAGUGAUACUUACAGGCUUCCGUAGAUAUACGAUACUUCUUGAGCAAAACGAAAGUACAGCACGUGGAGUGUAGACGCCACAUUGUAACACAAUGACAUCCAAUGAUCAGGACGAAGGACAGGAUCCAAAACUCGGAUUUGCUCAGCAUUUGAUCACGUGCCAUCUCUGCCCCAACAAGGUAGAACUUUACUGUAGAAGUUGUGGAACAAACUUAUGUGUUACCUGCGUCGGCCAGCACACACUUUCUUCUACAUCGCAAUCAAAACACGAAGUAAUCAAAUACACGUCGCAAUAUGAAAUUGCCCCAAACGUAAUGUGUGACUCCCAUUCAACGAAAUGCGAUUUUCAUUGCAGGAACUGUGAAGAGUUUCUGUGUAACAAGUGCAUUGUGUCUGGAAAUCAUGGACUUCAUGUUAUUGAAGAAAUUAAUGAUGUGCACAAAGAAAAGAAAAGUAAAAUCAUAAAGGAUACAGACAUAUUGGAAAAUACAUUGGCCGCAGAAUGUCAAAAUAUCAUCACAGAAUUUCACCAAAACCUUGAAGUUAUACCGACAAACAACGAAACGCUAAAGCUUGUAAUAGGUUCACAAGGUGAAAAAAUUCACAGGGAGGUAGACAAAGUCAUUGCCAAACGUCGACAACAAGUUGAAUGGAUGGAAGAAAGAGAUCUUGAAAGAUUACGGGCGAACAUGACAGAAUUCCAGGUACACUUUGAAAACAUUCGACAGGAAAUAGAAAACAACAAGGACCUGGUGGCAUCAAAUAGUAAGAAAAUAUUCAGUUACCAAUCCAAAUUGAACAAAUUACGUCAAUUCCCUCUAAAACUCCACAUUUCCUCGCCAACCUUAAAAGAAGGCCAUGUUGAUAUACAAGCUAUUGAGAGAAGUAUUGGAGAAAUUUUUGAGUCGUCUGUCAACAAAACCACACGAAAACGAGGAAAUGGCCCGGGCCCAAUGCUACUGGCCCGAGAAUCUUCCCGAGAGUUGCUCAAUUCUCCUUUCGUCAUUUCUACUAUCAACACCAAUUACAGAGACAUUCGUCACAUUGUUUGGUUUAAAAACAAUCAAGUGUGGCUAUCAGGUGACAAUGAAAGCGUGUCACGUGUUGAUAUACAAGGCAACGUCUGCGAGAAAGUAUUGUUCGAGAGCAGUAUAUUACCAAACGGCAUUGCUGUCGACAAAGACGGCUACCUUGUAUUCACCGACACAGAAAACAAGUGCGUUAAAAGGUUUAGCAAUGGUAAAUUAGUUACUAUUGUCAGAACAGCUGGGAGACCUUAUGGAAUAUGCUGUGCGGGAAAUGGGGAUAUAAUUGUGUCCCUUUGGAACGAUUCCAACCAGUUGAAGUUGGUGCGGUACUCCGGAGGAGUCCUCACACAAGAAAUCCAAUACGAUGAGCAUGGCCAGCCUCUUUUUAAGGCCGAUGCAGGCUACAUAGCACUGGGUAUUGCAUUAAACAGAAACCGUGACAUAUGUGUUGCCGACUGGAACGCCAGGGCAGUGCUCCUCCUGGACCACAGCGGUAAACUCAAACAAAAAUAUAUCAGCCAGGCCUCUAGCGCUGGGUACCCUUUCAGCCCUAGAUAUAUUGCUACAGACAGCAAGUGUCACGUGCUUGUCACUGAUUGGAGGAACAACUGGGUACAUGUAUUAGAUGUGGAUGGACAGUUACUGGCCAUAUCAGAAAUCAGUGACCUUCGAAAUCCAUGGGGGAUUUGUGUAGACAAUCAGGACAAUAUGUGGUUAACCGAAACAUCUGGGAGAGUAAGAAUAAUCAGAUAUUUGAUCUGAGGGUGUGGUAACUAUCUACAGAUAUAAGCAACACAAUGAAACAUGAAAAUUACACGAGUCUUAUAAAAUUUCAGAAAAUGUUAACAACGACUUCAUCAUUUAUUUAAACUUUGUUUAAAAUGGGUUUUGAUUGCUAAUUCUAUUUUUAAAAUAAAAACAGAUUUAGAUUGUUCAA